AUGUCUGAUAUGCUCCCAUUGGCUACGUACAGCCUGAAUGUUGAGCCAUACUCUCCAACCCCAGCUCUUAACUUCGAAAUGCCGGUUACUAUUAGAAUCACAAUGGCGGCCAUUGACCCUGAGCCAUUUGACGAUGACAAGAAGCCAUCCACUUUAAGAAUAAUCAAAAGAAACCCUGAACAUGGUGAUUGUUGCAAUCAUGAUAACGAUGACGGCCAUGAAGAAAAUGAAGAAGACAGCGAGGAAGAAGUAGAGGCACCCAAAAAGAGUGUCAAAUCAAAAAAAGGCAAAGGUUCUGAGGAAAGUGAAUCAGAAGAUUCUGAGGAUGAAAAUGAAAUGGACGAUGAAUUUGAAGAAUGCGUACUUUUAACUUUAUCUCCAAAGGGUCAAUUUCAACAAGCUUUGGAUAUUACCAUUGCACCAGAAGAAGACGUCCAAUUCGUCGUUACCGGUUCAUACACCAUUUCUUUAACUGGUAACUAUGUCAAACAUCCAUUUGACACACCCCUAGAGGACAAUUCUUCAGAUUCAGAUUCAGAUGAAGACGAAGAUGACUACGGUGAAGAAUCUUCCGAUGGAGAAGAAGAAGAGGACGAAGAAGAAUUAAGUUCCGGUGAUGAUGAUCUUGAUGAUCUUGUGGAUGCUAGUGACAUUGAUAGUCGUCUUGAUGAACUAGUCAAAAAGGAUGAAAAGAAGAAAACCAACAAAAAGGAGAGCAAGAGGGAACGUGAAGAGGAUGCGGAGGAUGCUGUUCAACCUGCUGAGGUGAAGCAAACAGCCAAAAAAGUCAAAAAAACAGAGUCAGGUAAAGAAUCAGAAGAAGACAAAUCAAAGCCAAAACCAAAGACAAAGCUUCUUGAAGGGGGGAUCAUCAUUGAAGAUCGUCUCACAGGGAAGGGCCCACAUGCCAAGAAGGGUGCCAGAGUUGGGAUGAGAUAUGUCGGUAAGUUGAAGAAUGGAAAAGUUUUUGAUAAAAAUACAAAGGGUAAACCUUUUGUCUUUAAGUUAGGUCAAGGCGAGGUCAUUAAAGGAUGGGAUAUUGGUGUUGCUGGUAUGGCUGUCGGUGGUGAACGUAGAAUUAUCAUUCCCGCCCCAUACGCCUACGGCAAGCAAGCUUUACCUGGAAUUCCAGCCAAUUCUGAAUUGACAUUUGAUGUUAAAUUAGUCUCUAUGAAAUAA